GAAGAUUUACAGGAAUCUCAGAACAAGAAAACGACAAAAUUAUUUAUAGUUUUGAUGAAGAUUCUGUGGAAAAGUCUCCUUCUUUCAAUUUGAUUUGAUCGUUUUUUGGUCCACUCUUGAUUUCGUGUUUCCGAAACGAUGGGAGAUUGCCUCUGUUCUUUAGUAACUCCGGCGAGAUUGUUGUGGACGAGUUGUUUCUUCCGCCACAAACUCAUGAAUCUCUAACGAAUCGUUUAAUUUCCAAAUCCCCCAAUUGAUUUUAAUUUUCUUCUUUUACACAAACCACCUCCAUUGAUUCCGGCAACUAUCUCAAUGGAUUCCAAUUACGAUCACGGAGAACCACUUCCACUUGAGAAUAAUCUCGUUCUUGUUUUUCAAGAAACGAAAUCCGCCAUAGAAACGAAAGAAACUCCGACAAGGACGCAUUUUCCCGGCGAAAUCGAUGAUCAAUCGCCGGAGAAAAAGCGCCGAUUAACGAUUGAACAAGUGAAUCUGCUGGAGAAGAGCUUUGAAGAAGAGAACAAACUGGAACCAGAGAGAAAGACUGAGCUAGCGAAGAAGCUUGGUUUGCCUCAACGACAAGUAGCUGUUUGGUUCCAGAAUCGAAAAGCUCGAUGCAAGAUCAAGCAGAUCGAAAGAGAUUACGAUAUCCUCAAGGCUUGUUACGAUUCACUCAUGGAGAAACAUGAGUCAGUAAUCUCAGAGAAUGAGAUACUCAAAUCCAAAGUCUUAACUUUGACUGAGAUGCUUCUUCCUGCAACAAACCAAACUCAAAGAAAUUUGCAAGACAAGCUUAACUCUAAAGGUGAUGAUGAAACUAUGAGCUCUUCCACAACUUUAAUGCCAUUAGCAAAUCAAGAUUAUCUCAGCAACAUCGAUCAAUCAUUCACCUGGUGGGUUUGGCCAUCGAAUCUUAAGUAAACAAAAUCUGAGAAUUCAAGAUCGGUUUAUAGCACAAGAGACUUAACUAUUCAAAGCUUCUGUUCUAAACUAACAUAGUGUUAAAACAUGUAUGAGAGAAAUAAGAAUGUAAAAAAAUAACUAUUACCAUUAGGAUAUUAUAUGGAUCCAUAAGAGUUCUAAUUGUUCAUGUUAUUCUUUUGAAUUAUUUAUAUAUUUAUGUGCAAUCAAUCAAAAUAGAGUGGGUGAUGGUUUUUAGUUCAAGAGUCAAACAAC